GAAAUACGAAAGUGUGUUGAGAGUGUUCCUGAAAGCUGAAAGUGCAAAAAAUAAAGUACUUAGCAGGAAAAUCGGUAUUUAUUAGGUUUAUUGUUUACUAGCAAUUUUUUUACCGAUAAAUUUAGAAGAUCUGUAGAAACUACUUCAAAUUUGGUAAGCGAUAAAACUUCGAAGUGUUUUUUCACCUCCUAUCGACAACAAAUUUUUCAGUUUUUUAUAAACCAAAAAAUAUGUUCACCCUGUGGUACACGGUCCUGUCAUACAAAGAAUACCGGGACACAAUUUGGGAGAAACUAUCCCCCAAAAAACCUAGAGAAACGGCCAUAGUAUGCCCCCUGCCACCGAAAAAUAAAGAACCAACCCCCAAAUUACCAGUAGUUGAGCCAUCCUCUACACUACCAGUAGUUGAACCUCCAAAACGCACCCCUUCACCUCAAACACCUGAAAUUUUACCUCCACAAAAACCACCCAGAUCGUCCGACGUGCCUCCUCAAAUAGAAAUAUCGAAACCCAAAUCGCCCGAGGUGCCUCCUCAAAAAAUGGAACCCCCACCGAAACCUCCAAGGUCGCCUUCACCGCACCCUAUCAAAGUUGAGGCUCUUGACGAUAUCGAAUUCGAAGAAGAGGACGACGAAGAAAGCGACGAAAGUAGCGAAGCUGAAGAGGAAAAUUCAGUUUUGGUUACUCCUCAAAGGAAGCCUGUUGCUCAAACGGUUAAUGAGUUUAUUAAUCAGGAAAAAGCGACUUAGACAGAUGAGGAAAAUUAUCAAAAGUGCCAUUAUAAAAAUAUAUUGAAAGUGAUUUUUUUAUUGUUACGCUUAGAAGGUAUACAUACACGACUGAUGGAUAUUUUGGAGUUUAAAAAUAUGAUGUUUAAUAAAAUGUAGCUUGAAAUCUUA